CCUGCGGCCGCCCGCGGCCAAGUGCGCGGGGGCGGAGCGGCGGCGCCGGCCCGAGGAGCCGCAGAGAGAGCUGGCCCGGCGGCCCGCGGGGAUGCUGCGCUACAGCUCGGGGCUCACGGUGACCGCCACCACCCCCCGGAGACCGCCUGACGACGGCGGCCGCUCCCGGCGGAAGAUGAAUGUGUGUAGGCUACGUUUAACAGUGCCACCUGAUGAAGUGUCACAGCCUGAACAGGGACCAAAGGAAACUGAGAGAAAGAAAAGUGAGCUCUACCAUGUUCCAAAUGGGAUGUCUCCAGGGAAGCUCUCUCAUGGGAUGGUGUAUGGUGUUGUGCACCGAACUGACAACAACCAUAAGAGAGAAAUGGUGGUGUAUGGCUGGUCAGCUGAUCAGCUGAAAGAGGAGAUGAAUUACAUUAAAGAAGUGAGAGCAACUCUGGAAAAAGUAAGAAAGAAAAUGUAUGGUGAAUAUGAUGAAAUGAAACGAAAAAUACAGCAGCUUACAAAUGAACUGAAAGUGACAAAUGCUCAUCAGGAAUCCUUAGAGAAUCAUGUGCGAGUGCAGGCUGCAGCCUUAGAUAGCUUUAGUGAAAUGAACAGCUCCUUGACAUCAGCAUCAAUAGACUUGCAGAAAACUCUAGUGGAUGUUACAUUGGAGAACACAGACAUAAGGGAACAAAUAAGGAAUUUAAAACAUACACAUGAGCAAUCUAUGGAAAAGUUGAGAGAGAAGCAAAAGCAACUGGAAACGGCACAAAUUGAAAAUCAGUUACUGAAGUUAAAGGUGGAGUCAUCGCAGGAAGCCAAUGCUGAAGUCAUGAGAGAGAUGACCAGAAAGUUGUAUAGUCAGUAUGAGGAAAAAAUGCGAGAAGAGGAACAGAAACACAAGGCUGAGAAAGAAAUGCUGCUGGAGGAAACAAAUCAGCUUCUGAAGGCUAUUGAAGAGGCAAAUAAGAAGAUGCAGGUUACAGAAACAAGCAUACAGGAGAAAGACCAGAGAAUUGGUGAGCUGGACCGGCUGAUUGAACGCAUGGAAGAGGAACGUCACCAGUUGCAAAAACAACUUGAAUUAAAUGAACUACAAAUAUCUGGAGCAAAAUCUGAAAACAACUCUGACAGUGAAAGGUCACAGCAUUUGGAGGAGGUAGCAGCCAGCUUGAGAGAGCGGAUCAAGCAUCUGGAUGACAUGGUUCACUGCCAGCAGAAGAAAGUCAAGCAUAUGGUUGAGGAGAUUGAAAUGCUAAGGAAGAAAGUAAAAGAAAAGGAAUUAUUUAUAAUACAGCUUUUAGACAAAAUCUCUUUCUUAGAAUGUGAGAAUAAAGAAUUACAAGACAAACUGGACUACUUAAUGGAAAACCAACAAAAGACCAAUAUAGAGACCAGAGAUACUGGUGUAGAAUGUGAUCUUCCAUACAGGAAGUUCAUUGCUAGGCUUCCAGAUAAGGGUAAGAAGAUCUCUGAUUUUGUUGAAAAGCUGAAGCUUGCCAUUUUCCAAGAAGAAGAAGUAGCCAGGACAGCUGAGCUGUUAUCUGCUGUCAGGUUGGAGUUUCAGGCAAAACAAGAGGAGAUUAAUACAAGCAAACAGGAAGCUGUCCUAACUGAGGACACAGUGGACAGUGCAGAUUCCUCAGUCAUUAAUGAAAACUCUAACAUUAAGGACAUUUCUGACACUUCUGCUGAAAGGCAGGAGGCAGAAUGUGUUGAAGAAGAUGCCACAAAUCCAGCUUUGGAAAAUCACAGUAUUCAGAGGAAAAAUCAUAAAGCAAAGACUGUUGCAAAGGAUCUGAAUCAUUUUUGUGAAGAUGUCUCCAAGUCAGCCUCAAGCAAUCACCUGAACAAUGAUCAGCAAGUGUCCCAGAGCAGUACUGAGGGUGGGACAGAAAGUACAGCUGCUUUGGACAAUAGUAAAGAAGCCUUGGUUGAUGCCUUUCAAAGAGUUACAAUUGCAGAUGGGGAAAGCAGUGAAAAAAUAUUGGAAAAAGAGCAGGAUGUGGCAAAACACAAGGGCAAUGUAUUUGGAAGGCAGCAUCCCAAGACACCACAUUAUAUUGAGGUUCUAGAGGCCAGAGCCAAGAAUCCAGUCAUAAAAAAACCCAAAUUUAAAACAAAUGCACUAUCAGGAGAGCAGAGUGGGUCAUCUCAUGGUUCCUCAUCCAGUCGAUCUCCCGGGGGAUUUGGCUCUCCAGUUCCUCCAGAAGAGAGAAGACUCAGAGAUAAGAAACAUUUGGAUGACAUCACAGCAGCUCGACUGCCACCACUUCACCACUCCCCUGCCAAGCUGUUAUCCAUAGAGGAAUCCAUAGCAAUUCAGAUACAGCAAAAAGAAGCUUAUGAGGAAAUGCAAGCCAAGCUUGCAGCACAGAAGCUUGCAGAGAGACUGAAUAUAAAAAUGCUCAGGUUUGAACCAGAGGGGGAGGCCUCAAUGCAGUACAGAGAAGUGAGAGAUGAAGAUUAUUUUUCAGCAGAAGACUGAAUGCAUGAAGUCUGUGGAUGAGCUGUGUAACUGAUCUUUAUGCAGUAUUUCUAAAAACCCAAACCUGAAUAUUGAGAAUGCUUCGUCUAGUCAGUUUUUUCUUAAAAUUUUCACAUGACAGCUCCAGGAAGGGUUCAGUGCAGAGUUGCAGGCUAGGAUGGGUCAGCUAUAAGAGCAAGUUUCUUCUGUGCAGAAAUGUGAUUGCAAAGGGCUUUGGCACAAAACAUGUCCAUAAAGAAAGCUGGGGUGUCUGUGAACUGCUGACAUGUAUGAAAGCUCUUGUCUUCUAUAAAUGUGGGCUACUUCUUUUACCUAUUUAUUAUUACCUUUCAUGGUAUGGUGAAAAUACCUGCCCAGAGAGUUACAGUAAGUGUCUGAUCUUUGGGCUGGAACCACACGAGAACUUAUUUCUCUGCCUGCACCUUAAAAUAACACUUGCUGCCCUUAAGUUGUAAACAGCUAAGAAUUUAAAGUUAUUUUGUAACUCAAAUUCUGUUUGGGCUUUAAGGGACUCUGCUGUUUGGUUUUUGUUUAUUAUGGCAAAGCACAUCAAGAGAUCAAGUUCAUCUGAAGACUUUACUAUUCUUAUUAAAGAUUUUUAUGUUUUUCUGUAUUUUUGUACACUGCUUUUAUACUUUGGAUGUACUAUUUUUUCAUAGUCCAAUACUGUAAAUUAAGAGAUCCACCCUGGUUUUCUUGGAGGAAGUGUUGUGUGCAUUUUUAAGUUUUGGCUGUUACUUGAAGACAAAAAACAACCUUUCUUACAUGACCAUGAAUAUGAAAAUACGAAUUUUGAAAGAUAAGGAACACACCUGACAACUGCUUCAUAAUGGUAUUUUCACUGUGGGCUAGGAUUUUCUGAGCCUAGUUUGAGUUCAGUUCUUAAAAAAAAAAAACCUCAGAGAUUCCUUGUAUAGCCUGGCAAUGCCUGUUUUCCAGGAUGCUGCCACAGCUGUGUGUGCAGGGCUGUCCCUGUUCUGCAGGAAUGAUAUCUUUGGAAACCAAGGCUGCUCCAGCUGCAAGUCAUUUAAAAAGCUGCACGGGAUGAAAAUGUGGGAGGAAGGUCUCAGCCACUUCUUGAGUGCAGGCAGCCCUUCCCUAGCAGGCAGUAACUCUCUCCCAAGUGCUCCAAGCCCUCCUGGGCAGUCCCUGUGGCACAGUCUGUACCCUGGCACUGCAGUUGGACAGGUGGAACUGCUGCUAAGCUACUUGUGAUAUUUUUUGACUAGGUCAUCUCUUGCUCCUUCCUGAACCCUUUCCUCUUGCAGCCUUCUGGUUCUCAUUGUUCAUUGGCUUCUCAUCAGCUGCUCUUCCCUUUUUCUCAUUAGGCUUACUUGCUGUCACUAAACCCAAUCCAUAUUCUGCCUCCCUGCACCACCCAUUCCUUUUCCAAUGACAUGCUGCUGUGUGUGUCUGUGUGUGACUCCUGCCAUGUGUCAUGCAUCCUCCUGCCAUUGCUAUCUUACCUUGCUUUCUGGAACUCUAUCUGAAUACCAGCUGUGCACCUCCUACAUGCCUCAGUCCCUUGAAUACCUCACAGAGACCUCAAUAUCUUUGUAGUUUUGCCGUGACUGCUCUCCUGAGGCUUUCCUUAUUUCCUGAUUUGGUUUUAGACUGUGCAGAUGUUUGUCAUUUCCAGGCCUUCUCACCUUUCUACCUUCUUUUCAUACUUGGGUUUUUUUCCUUCCUCUCUUGUCUAUGCUCCUUCAUCCUCCCAGCUUCUCACCAUCACUUGCCUUUGUCAGCACAAUCCUUUGGCUUGUUUUCAGCCAUUCACAUUCAUCCCUCAGCAUCCCUGUUGAUGACCCAGUGGAUCUCAGUUGUAUCUAUUUCUGUUCAGCACGUGGCUCUGACUCACAGGUCAGAUGAGUGAUCUCUUGUGGGUGCAGCUCAUCUCUCAGAUCAGUGCUUUCCAUGCUGCCACCUGCUUGUCCAGCUGCAUCUUGUCAUCAGCCCUCCCAUUAUUGCAGUCUGUACUGCUCAAGGACAAGGAGUCUAGGAAUUGUGUUUGCUUUCCCUUUGCUGUUUCAUGAAACAAAUUACCACUUCCAUGCUGUUUGCAUCUUUUCCCCUGGUUGGCAUCCUUGCCCUUAUCCUGUACUGGCUGUGCUGUCACACCUCUGUGAGAUGCUGUGUGUGUUUUCUCUCUGCUGACUUUUCUGUGUUGUUGGAAUUCACACAAAGCUAUGCAGUUAGGGAGUUGUUUUCUAGAGUACUGAAAUUUACCUCUACCUAGGCUUCUGCUGAGCACACACUUCUGCUAACUAAACCAACUCUUUUUUUUUUUUUUUUUUUUUUUUUUUUUUGUACUAUUAACACAUACUUUUGCUCUCUAAACUUUAAAUCAGAGGCAGUUUUCUUGACCUUUAUUUUGAUAGCAUUCAGCAUGUUGGGCUUUUGCCAAAAUGAUCCCUGCAUGGGCAAACUUCACCCUUCAGGGGAGGUAGGGUGGGGUGGAAUUCACUGUGGUAACAGGUGAAGUUCAUUAUGUGUUCGUUGAACAAUCAGCAGCUGUUCAGUGCAGUUUUGGGGAGUUCUUGUGUGAAUACCAAACCAAGCUAAAGGUAUGAAUUUUAAGUUAUUAUUUUAAAGUUUGCAAAACCUAAAAGCUUUCUUGGGGGCUGUUGCUUCUGAGCAGAGGUAUGCACUUUGAAUUAAGAUUCUGUGAAUGAUAAGAAAGCAAAAUCAGGUUUAAAGAGUCCUGUGUUGAGGACGUGCAAUCUUGAAGUCUGUGAGAGGUUAGAGCACAAGAGGAUCGUGAAAGGAUUUGCUGGAUAAUGAAAGGAUGAAUCAUUAGAUUGAGUAUGGUAUUGCUGUCGUGUAUUUCAUUGUUUCCCAGUUCUAGAUCAUGUCAAAAUGUAUAUUGAGAGCUGAGGUGUAGUAGUGCAUUUUAUUUAAACGGUAUGCUCUGUCUCAGCCCUCCAAAAUGUAUGGUAUAUCCCAAGCCCGUGGUCCUGCCCUGAACCAUCGUGUAUCUGUCAUCCCAUUGGCCCAAGUCUGAUUCCGCACCCAUUUUCAUUCUCCCUCUUAAACCGUGCAAGCAAGACCUGUCGCUCUCUUAGCCUUUCUCCCCUCUUAGCCCCUUUUUCUCCCCUCUUCUCCCUCCCCUAGGCCUUUUCCCUCUUCCCCUCCCUCCCCCUUUCCCCUUCCUCCCCUUCAGUAACCACCGUGCUCCCAGGGAUGUGAUCCCCAAUAAACCCUCAUCAAUCAGCACCCUCAGAAGCCGUGUGGAGUCUCCUUGCCUGCCUGCUGCUGCCAGCCAGCUCACAGCCUAGGGGAACCUCCAGGGACAGCCCGGGGUGCCCCCCCAAAAUGAACCACAACACUGAGGAGCUUGUUCUCUGUUUUGAGAAUGGACUGCUAUAUUGGAAUGGGUUGUUAACACAGUAAAAAUAAGAAUGGAUAAUAUAUUUUUGAAGUUGUUCAUGUGAAUAAUGUUUUGUUUUGACCAUGUAAAAUUUAGAAGAGAAUUGGAACUCUUGUGCUUCAGUGCUUUACGAGGAAAAGGAAACUAGGAAAGCAUUGCUAUGUAGGAAAAGAAAACUAGGGGUCCAAAUGGAUGAGGAAAGACCUGAGAGACCUAAAGCUGGCCAGUCUUGCAGGUCUGAGAGAUGGCACAGAGACACAGCUUAAAUGUGGCCUGUGGUCAGAGAGCUGCAGCAUGUGAGGCAGGGAUGUGUGCAGCGCCAGCUGCAGGCCCUUGGUUUCUGCAUUGCUGGGGUACCUGAUUCCCAAACUGCUCAGAAGAAAAGCCCUGUAGAUUUUCUGUGCAGCAGCUUUAACCUUUCUGAGGGAGCGAACAUGUAAUCUGGCUUGCCUGCUAUGGUGAUAUCAUCUAGACGAUUUAGCCACCUAAAAUUUUAUGCUAGGUAUUUAGAAAAUAACAUUUGAAGAAAAACCUAAAUACUGCUGGACUUUAAUUAUUUUUGGCAGACUUUGAGAAUGAGGGUAGAAAGUACACAGUUGUUUUUCCUGUUUUUUAGAGUUCUUUUGAUAGUGUUCUGGCUUGUGGACUACUUCUAAGGGCCACAUAAUCAAAAAAAGUCAGUGACAGUGAGCUGUGAGCCUCCUGUGUGGAGGAAACGGGGCUGGUAAAUUGAGAGAACUUGGAAACUGUGGCUCAGUGCUGUGGAAUUUCUGAACCUGCCGCAGGGACACAGUAUCAGGAGUCAGGGAGAACAAUACCCAGACAUUACUGCCUGAUGAAUCAAAAGGUGAGUGGGAAGCCACAGCAAGAGCUGCUCACGGUCCCUGAGCAGACCCGGGCAGCAGUCUGGGGGUUUCUGUGUGGAUCUCCAGGCGCACCACAAGCUGGCAGCCUUCAGCAGCCUCCCGGCAGCCGGCCCUGAGCAGCGCGGAGCAGCGCGCUCCCUGCUGUGGGUGUGCCUGUGGCUGCAGCUCUGCUCCUCUGCAGCUCCACUGCAGAGCCAGCUCGGCACCCAGGAGCCUGCAGGUCAUGAGCCACGCUGGGCUUUGCCAGUGAAAAUUAUCUGUAGUAGGACCCAGUUCUGGCAUGGUUUGGGUGGUGUCUGGCUCAUCCUCUGCCUUUGGCAAGUUAGUGCCUGCAAGGCGUGUGCUUGGGCACGGGGAAUUGCAGCUGGCCUUUUAUUGCAAAUGCAAAUGAAUGGCUUUAAGAGGACAAGCGGAGGGAGUGCUGAGUUGGAACAAGCUGUGUCCUAUCCUGUGGACUCUACUGUAGGAAAAGGCAGCUUUUCUCAGUUUUCCCAGCCCUGCUUCUUUUUCAGAGCAGGAUAAGAAGCAUAUUUUCUCCAAAGUAUGUUGUAAGGACAAAUUUUUCAGGGUGUAUGUGUUGCACUUUGUAGUCCUGUUCCAGGGAGGUGCUAACUGAUCCUUAGUUUCCCUUAGUUUGUGGUUUACAGGUUUUUUUGCAAAUUCACUGCUUUUAGGUGAUAUGUGUGGAGAUCACCAUUGAGAUUUCGUGGUCUCCUAAUGUUUGGGUUUAGGUUGUGAACUCCCACGUUCUGGAAGGGAAAGGAAGUAGAAAAGACAGCUGCGUGAAUACAUUUGUUUUGUUGUGGUAUUGUUUGUUUUUAAGUCAGCUAAUGAUUGUGUUUGGUUCUCAUUCUCUGCAGUGCUAUGUCACUGCUGCCACUGUGGUGGGCAAAUGUUAACUGACUGCAGCCCACACAUUUUCCAAUCACAUUGACUUUUCAUGGGGCAUGGAUGCACAUUUGACUCCUUUGUAAAUCCAUACUGUAAUUAUUAUUAUUAUUAUUAAUGCAAAGUUUUAGAGACAUUUAAUAAUCUCUUGUUUAAAGCAGCUGUUCUGAUCACUUGGCUAUUAAGUUUUCACUAAAUUGCCCUUUGAUUUAGUGAAGCAUGAAAGCUUCACUGUAAUACUCAGCUGAAGUCAAAGCUUGAUUCCUCCAGGAACAUUUAUAUGCAAGUGCUCUGUUGAACUGGGAUAUUGGCUGUGUGUUUUGUUUAAUCUCUGUGUGCAAGGCAAUUUGUGAAUAAGAGUUGUGAACCAGUUACUGGAUGUGAGGAGACACAAAUGAACCCAGUGAAAUGCAUGUGGGAAGCAAAUUGAUUUUCAACUUGCUAGAAUCAUUGAACUAAGCAUUUCACUUCUAAUCACCUAAUAUGAGUGAAUGUGUCCUGCAGCAGUAAGCUUCAGAGCAGUUUCUUGACAGGAAAAUUUGUAGGAAUUUGUAUUGACACCCUCAUUGCUUUUCUUUCAGGUUUAUAUUGGAGACCAUAAUUGUGUCAUGCAUGAAUUGGCAGAUCUCCACUGAAAUCUUGAGGGAUAUAAGUGGAGCCAUAAUGCUUAAUGAACAUAUUCCUAUUUCCUCCCUCUCUCCACACAGCUGGUAUUAAUGUACUUGCUUAUUAGAUCAAGACAGUGAUAUAAUGUGGCAAGUGGUUGCAGUCCAAGGUUUGCUGAGGCUCUGAAGCUGAGUACUUGAUAGGAAAUAUUCUUUACACACUUCUAAAUAGAAAUUUCAUUUGUAAAAUUUUUGUACUUUUUUUUUUCCCUGAAAAAAAUGUUUUCUCAAUUGUUACUUGAUGAGAGUAACAUACACAUUAAAUUUACUCAGAGAGUAGUCAGACAGUGGUGGGAGUACUGCAGCUCUGGCUUAACAGCAGAAGAUCUCCUGCACUAAUUUCUGAAUUGAAGCUGUCAUCUGCCCUGCCUGACCUGUGCUGCCCUGGGCCCAAAUACUGUGACAAACCUUGUACUGCAGGAUCACAGCUGAGUCUGGAGGUGCAAUGACACCAUCUCUAGGGGAUCUUGGUGAGGGAGACUCUGCAAGGCUGAAUGCUCAGCUGUUAGGGCUUUACCUGGUAGGUGGAUACACCUUCCCAAACUGACACUGUAAGGAGAGUAAAUUACACAGUCAAUGAGAUUUACAUUACCAAGUCAUUUAAGCAGUUUUCCAUUGCAGUUGCCAGGUGCCUGUCAAUGAGAACUAAAAUUCCUCACCAAGAGAGGAACCUGGUAUUGGUACCUGGGUACUAACUUGAAAACAUGAAACAGCAUUGGCACUCUUUCCUUCAGCCAUCUUAUAACACUACUGCCACUUAUAUUAAAUUAACAUUGAUUUUAUUCUGUAUUCUUACAAAUCUCUAAAAUUUAUUCUUCCAGAAUUUGCCUACAAUGAAAUAAACCUCCUGAUUUUGGGUAACAGAUAAUAUAUAUAAACAUAAGCUGGGUUAUCUGGCCAUUAUUUGUAUUUGAAUGUAUGAAACCUUCAGGGACUGUGUGAUAAGCUCUUUCUGUUACCACUGUUACGAGUGGUCUGUGUUGUCUCCUGGUUACUAUAAAAGUCUUGAUGUAAUUCUGGUUUCCAGAGUUACAAUCCAUCAGUUCCAUUUGUAAUUAUGUGGGAAAUUAUUUUGUCAUUGGCUUUCUCCCUGCAUCUUCCUUAUGGGGGAGAAAAAAACCAAAUCCAAGCCACACAGAUUCAUAAAGCCUUUCUUAUAUGUAAUAAUAUUUUCUUUACUGACCCAGGUUAUUUCAUAUUGAUUAGAAGUUCCUAAGCCUUGGUUUCAUGUGUCUUCCUCAGAACUGCUUUAAGUUGGCAUUGUACUGAUUAUAGGACUGCUUGAAUGAUAGCUGAUGAUAAAUAUUAUCCGUGCACAGACAUUGGGCAUCAUCAUGUGUCAUGUCUGCAGACCAGUUUUUUGCCUGCACGGCAGAUUUUUGUGGCUGUGAGCCAGGAAUUUUAAUGAAAGAAAACAUCAAAGAUGCAGAAGAAAUGAGAAUAUUAGUCAAGGAAGAUACACAGUGAUGCUCUCUGAUAACCCCUGGUAAUUGACAUUAGAACUAUGUGGGAGCAACUUAAAUAAACAUCUGGACACUGAGUUUAGACAUUUCCAGUGACAAAACCCAGACAGAUCUUCUGGACUUGCAAUAAUAAAUAUUUCAGCGCAGUCCACAUGAAUCAACUUAGAAUUCUGUUUUCAAUUAUUCUAGUUUUAUAAAUAUAUCAUAGUUAAUUAUUCAGGGAUACAGUUUCUUUUGAAGAUUAAGGAAUUUGAUGGUUGCUUCAUUCACAUAAAGUUCCAUUUUUUAUUUGUACCAAACUUACUUCUGUUUGUACAAAAACAAUAAUGCAAGCUUGCCAGAAGCCAUUAAAGUAGAAUGCAACUGAACUUUUCCUGGAGUGGAAGGGCCUUUUCUGAAAUUCCUGGCAGUGCACUUUACUUCAUUCCAGCUAUAGUAACCACUUAAAUUAUGCUGAAAAGAAAAUAAUAAAAAAUCAUUUUUAAAAGUUAUUCUCAAUAUUUAGAAGAGACUUUAUUUUUUUACUUUUGGUAAUGUGAUAGUGCUAAGAAUGUGGUAUCCCUUACAAACAGUGAAGAGAUGUUUAUAUCUACCAAAGUAUUUUAAAAAGAUAAUAAUGGAGCUACUAGACUGAAUGGAAUACUGGUUACAGUCCAGGUCUGAUCCUGGUAGUACAACUGUGAGGAGUCAAUGGCUAGCAAAAACAUGCUUAAUUUUUGUAUUAUCUCUGUAUUCUUUAGAGAAGCCUCUACUGUGGGCUCUAAUUGCAAAACCACUUAUUUCAGGAGGAAUGAAUCAUGUCUCUGAGGUCGAAGAGUUAUUUCCACAUUAUAUUAAAAUUACUAUAUUCAUGCUUUUAAAAUAAUAAUAAUUAUUAUUAUUAUUUUGAGAUUAUAUGUACCUUUGUUACUGGGGGCCCUGGACAAAAUGAGGAAUUCUUCUGAAAUGUACUCAGUAUUUAGUAAUCUUCAAUUUCCACUUUCAGUUUAAUUUAUGCUUCCCCACAGCCCAGCCUGUCAACAUCAGCACGUUUCUGCAGUUCCCUGCCCUGGCUGUCACUAGCAAGAGCACAAGUGUAAGCUGGCUGCCAGCGUUAUUGAGCCACUGGCCGAGUUGUACUAUACCACUGGGUUAAGAAAGUUUUAGGGGACUACUGUGUUAGUCUGACCUUUCAGAGGCAGGAGAGGCAGACACGAGUUGAGUACAAUUCAGAAAGUCUCUCUUGUGCUGGCUGACAAAGUAGUUUCUGCACCAGGCUGGGCUCGUGUGGCAGUUCAGGUUAGAAGGGACCUCAGGAGAGCUCCUGGCUAGGAUCCUGACAAAGCAGUCAGUUCUGAGGCCAGGUGACAUUGCUCACGGCCUUAAUCCAGACUGGCCUUGGCAACCUCCAAGGAAGGAGACCAUACAGCUUCUCAGGAUAACCUGUUCCCAAAUAUGACUGUCCUCCUGUGAGGCCAGGGACAAAGCCUCUCCUUGUUCAGCUUAUGCCUGGCUAUGUUUUUUGCUGAUGUCCUUACAGGUACUGGAGGAUGCUGUUCAAUCCCCUUGAGGUCUCCCCUUCUGCAAGCUGAACAGGUACACUGCUGGCUCAAGCAGCUCGCUCUUUACCAAGACCUUCAAGGCCUUUUCAGCAGGGCUGCUCCACAGCUUGUCAUUUCUGGGCAAACCCUAGGCAAGCAUGUCAGGAAGUUGUAGGCUGACAAGUGUAUUGUGUUUGGUUCUGUCACAGCUCUCUCAGAUUAAUAAAGAAUGUGUAUUGUACUUGGUUCUGUCUCAGCUCUCUCAGAUUAAUAAAGAAUGUUUUCUGCUUUCAUAUUUUAAAAACAAAAAAGUAACCUAGACUCCGAUCAGGGUAGCCAUGCUAUCCAAAACUUCACUGUUAAUUAAAACAAGGCAAUUUGUGCUUUGUAACCCUUUCUACAUACUAUAAAAGUGAUGGAUAAGGAAGCACAGUGAAAGCUAUAAAUCAGCCUUGAGUUUGAUAAUCUAAUAAGAGCAUCUCUUUGGCAGUUUCACCUCUUGCUCAUUGAUCUAUAGCUUACUAAUUAAUUUUCCUUAGUUUUAUCCUUGUGUUUAUUAGGAUACCUAAUUCUUUAUUGCUAAAACUAUGCACCGGAAAUUUGUAGUGUUAUAGUUCAGACAGUGCAAUUUAUUCAUUGUUAUAGGAAAACAGAGGAGGAAGACAAAUUAUUUAGAAGUUUAUUACUUAGAGAGGUGCACUUGAGCAAAGACAGAGAAUAAAGCAGAAUGGAUUUUCAAGGGAAGAUGUACGUUGUGAAUGUUAAGCAGCUCUUGUAACAGAGGAAUUAUGUGUUGAAUGAUUCCCCCUAGGAAAGUGUUCAGUUCUCAUCUGCAGGUGCUCCCAGAGCACUGACUGCAGGGAGCAGCUCUGCACUGGAGAGGUAAAUGGAUAAUGGGAUGUGGGGAGGUUGCUUUGUGUAUGCUGCCCAUGCCAUGACUGCAGCAUUCCCCUCUGUCACAGGGCAGCUGCUCUUUCCAGCUGUAUUUGUGGUUAAAACCUGAGGGUAUGGUUUGGAUACCUUAACUCUCAUGGAAUUUAAGGGAAAUUGCUCAUCAGAUCCUGAAUCUGAAAUACAUUGAUAGUUCUGAUUUUCUCCUGCACUUUUGUUUUCUGAUCUUGCUGAAAGGAUGGGGCAGUAUGGGUAAAUGCUUUGCUUAUCAGCUCUGCCCCAUUCCAACAUUACUUUUUCCCAAGGAGGAAAAAUGCUGAUAAAAAACAGUAAUAAAAUUAGUUUCAAAUCAUUUGUAGCAGAUGAAAAUUCUUUAUAUGCAUUCUUUUUGUGCUUUGUCUAAAGGCAAAAGAGCUCAAGCUCUGUCUUGACCCUUCAUUUGACUCAAACUACCACACAGUACAGAGGAAAUGAAGUUUAUAGGUUUGUACUUAAUGGCUGUUGAGACACUUGACACAUGUACAUUUAAAAUGUUAACUCAUUUCUCUAUUUCAGUGUUUUUAUUUCCUAAAUGAUUAUUAAGUUUUGUAGAGAUCCAAAGAUAACAAACUUCUAGGUAGUACAUAUAUUACAAGCUGAGUUUUUUGCUCAUGUGCCACAUACUUAUAUCAUAUGCAGAUAAAUUUGAAAAAUGAAAAGAAAGCAAGAUGUAGAAAAAAUGUUAAGUAAAUAAUUCAUUAGAUGGUAAAGUUCUCACUUUCUUUAUAAAUAGCACUUGGUUUAAAACAAACAAACAAACAAUCAAAAAACCCCAACCAAACCCCGCAGCUGCAACCAAAGCAGCAAAGAGCAUGUAUUGUUAUUAGGUUAUCAGAAUCCUCCUGCAGAAAAGAGUACAGGUCAGGUAUAGUAGACAGAUGUUAAGAAGAGCUCUGUUCUCUCUCUUGCAAGCAGUUCUCAUGCUUAUCAAUUGUGUUUGGCUUUUAGAAUAAAGGUAAUUGGCAAAGUACCAUGUCAUAUUUCAUCCAUUAUGCCUGUCUUAUGAAGUAUCACACACUUCUUCCUAGAAUAGGUGCUCCCCCUCCUCUCCAGAGAUCAGACUCUGCUUUUACUUGUGGAAUGGGUCUGUGGGAGGGUCACCCGAACUGCACUCUUCCUAUCUUUUAAAAACAGGGAGAUGAGAGAUAAAGUUUCAUAGGUCUGGAGAGAGCAGCAGUUUGUAUUUCAGUCGGUGUCACAUCUGUCUGACUCGUGUAUGUGGUCCAUAACUCUCUGCCACGUCUUUGGAGGGAAGUGCUCCAGAGGACUUGGUGUGCUCUUUUUUGUGCUUUAGUGUGUUAAGAAAGAAUAGCUCCAAAAUAUUUGGAGGCUCUAGGAGUCCGUGAUGUAGAGAUUAGGAUGAAAACCCAGCACACCUUUUCCAGAUGUGUAAAGAAGGACAGUAUGACACUCAUUCUUAAACCUAGCCUAUACUUAUGUUCCCUGCUAAAUUGAUGUCUAAGUAAAUAGCUUUACUGGUGGAGUAGAGGAGACAUGAGAGUCAGGUUACACUUUAUCACAGAACUUGAUAUGAAAUCCAUACUUUGUUCCCUGGACAGUGCAGUGAGAUGGAUAUCUGUAGUAAUGUAAGGGGAUUUGUAGGAGUGCUAUAUGUCACAGGGCUGCCCUGGAUCAAAUAGCAUUUAAAUACAUUGUACAUGGGCUUUGAUCAAGGACCACGGGGCCACGGCUAGCCCAUGGAGCACCAGGAGACUCACACACAGCCUGCCACUGCAGCAGGAAAUGUUUUCCCAGGUUAUGGUUUUACUGUUAUUAAAGCCGGAGAUGUGCAGUACAGGAUCACCCAACUAGUACUGACUAGUUAAACCAGGAUACUGUGUGGACACACAACUUACUCCUGUUUUCUAUGUAGCUGGAGCAGUCCCAGGGUGAUGGCUAUGCUGCCUUUAUGAUUCUUUGCCAGCUGUGUAAGGACAGUACUGGAUCUGGCACACAGCUUGCCAGGGGAAGAGUGUUUCUCAGACCAGCUGGAACAACUGAGACUCAUGUGAUCAGUCUGAAUCAGUGUUGCUAUUGUUUCAUAUGUUUUGUUUGUGGUUGGACUAGGUGCUUAAACCCAGGUGGUGUCUGAUUGAGGACAGUCCCAAUUUGUGCAUCUGUCUGAAGAGUCGAUGUCCCCACUGUGAUCAUCCUGUUCCCCACUGCAGAGCUGUGCCAUACAAGGCAUUUAGUGGCUUUUGUUUUUGUGCCAAUGUUUCAAGGAUGCCAUAGUAAUUUUAAAACCUAAGGUAGAGAGAAACCAUUUUUUUCCCCUCCCCACAAAACCAGCCUUGUUUGGGAUUUGUUUUAGGGUUUGAAAAUGGUAACUAGUGUUUUGUGUAAUUAAUGCCCUCCAUGAGGCACCUGUGUGGCACCAGGCAGCACCCCAGAACCCUGCCUGGCUUGACAGGGCGAUGGAAGCAAUGGAAUCUCAUUAGCACCAAGCUCUGCCUGGGUUAAUGAAGCCCUGCUAAUGAACAAUGUUGUGCUAGGUAGAGUAACCUCAUGUCAGUAGACUAACUAACCAUGAUCAGUUUGGAUAUUAAGAGGGUUUGAAAAUAUCUUCUGAUAUUUUUAUUGAUAAUACAGGUAUAUGCAACCUUGCCUGAUCCUAUUUCUGUUCCCAUUGCUUGAGGAAUAUAGCUGGCCUGUUUGUAGCUUCUGACUAAUGGCAACUCUAACACAAUUUUCUGUGGAUUUAUGAUGCUCAGCCAAGCUGAUAUAAUCAUGUAAUAAAGAUCUAUUUUUUUCCUGAUACUUUAAUUAAAUAUCAGAGCUCCUUACAGAGCUUCAGAAGAGGGGAAGCAC